CAAUGGAGGGUGACAAGCAGACACUCAAUCUAAAGAGGGAUGUUGGGAUUAUUGGAGCUGUGUCUUUCAUUGCUGGGACCAUGAUGGGAUCUGGGAUCUUCAUAUCUCCCCAAUAUGUGCUAUCCACUAUUGGCAGCCCUGGGGCCAGUCUGAUCAUAUGGGCCUGCUGUGGUUUGAUAGCCAUGCUGGGUGGGCUCUGCUAUGCUGAGCUGGGAACAGUCAUUCCAGAGUCUGGAGGAGAGUUUAUCUACAUUCUUCGGACAUUCGGGAAAGUGGUAGCCUUCAAUUUUGUCUUCAGCUUCAUCAUUGUCAUGAGGCCUGCCAGUGCCACAGGAAUCGCUCUGAGCUUUGCUGAAUAUGUUGUGGCCCCCUUUUACAAUGGCUGUACCCCUCCACAGCUGGUGUUGAAGUGCGUAGCUGCAGGAGUAAUCAUGGUGCUGGCCAUAAUAAACUGUCUGAGUGCCCGCUUGGCCACAUUCAUCCAGGUGGUCUCCAUGGUAGUCAAAAUGAUGGCACUGGCAGUGAUCAUCUUGGGAGGUGUUGUGAUGCUUUUCCAGGGCAACACUGGGAACUUUGAUAACUCAUUUGAGGGAACAAAUGUUGGUGUCAGCUCCAUUGGCAUUGCUUUCUAUCAGGGCUUGUGGUCCUAUGAUGGCUGGAACACUUUGAAUUAUUUAACUGAGGAGUUGAAACAUCCAGAAGUGAAUCUUCCCAGAGCUGUCAUGAUAGCCAUUUCCCUGGUGACUGGCUUAUAUCUGCUGGUGAAUGUGAGCUACAUGACAGUAAUGACGCCUAAAGAGCUCAUGUCCUCCAAUGCAGUGGCGGUUACGUGGGGGAAUAAGGUGUUAGGAAGCUGGGGGUGGAUCAUGUCAGUAGCUGCAGCUUUGUCUGCUUUUGGUUCACUGAACGGGACGUUCUUCAGCGGCGGCCGUGUGUGCUUUGUUGCUGCCAGGGAGGGACACAUGGUGAAUAUUCUGGCCAUGGCUCACGUUCGCAGACUGACUCCAUCUCCAGCAUUGAUCUUCACCACAGCCGUCUCCCUGCUGGUGCUCAUCCCUGGAGACUUCCAGAGUAUUGUCAACUUCUUCAGUUUCACUGCCUGGAUCUUCUAUGCCAUCACCCUGUCUGGACUUAUAUAUCUCAAGAUUAAGAAGCCAGAGCUGCCAAGGCCAUACAGGGUUCCCAUUAUUCUGCCCAUAUUGGUCCUCAUUGCAGCAGUAUUCCUUGUGCUGGCACCCAUCGUAGACGAUCCUCAGAUUGAAUACCUCUAUGUGACUUUAUUUAUUUUGAGUGGAGUCAUAGUCUACAUACCCUUCAUUCAUUACAAAGUCUGCCCAGGCCUUUUGGACAAGUUGACAGUGUUCCUGCAGCUGUUCUUAGAGGUCGCCCCGGCCGAGAAAAACCUGUGAUCCAGACGGAAAACACGUUUGUUCAGUUUUUGCAGUUUUUGUUUGUUAUGACACUCAUGAAACAUUGCAGUUUACAUUCAGUUGCCACUAAAUAUUUCCUCCCGUUUCUCUAUACUACCAUGCGCACACACAUUUUAAUAUCUACAUUGGACUGACUUAGAAUCAAUCUGAAAUAUUGUUUUUUUGCACAAGUGCACUUAGUUUUUCUCCUCUGUGCUGGCAGUCUUCCUGAAGAACUGGACAGCAUAUUUGAAAAGAAAUAAAUGUUUCAGAAUAAGAAAUAAAAAUGUUAUUGCAUGUGCAACAAUUUAUCUCAUGCGGCUUAGCAGAACCUGCACUUUAACAGAUGUGAAUUUCUGCUGUCAUGAAUUUGAUUGAUUUCUGUUUCAGUUUUGUGUUAAUGUUUCAGACCAAAGAUCCAUAAAAAAGUAGUCUGCACAAAUUUAACAACAAAAAACUCACCAUAUAUAUAGAGAGAGAGAUUUUGGAGGAGCAAUAAGAGUUAUCUUUACUCCCUCUGUUCCUGCACAAUAUUUAAAAACUAAAGAUAGUUCUCACUGUCUCCAAACUUUUGCACUGAUACUAGAGUGAGAAAAAGCACCAAAAGUUAAAUGCUCUCCUUUGUAGCAACAAGGGGGAAAAAGUCACAAUAUUGGAGCUCUUCCAAGGUUCAUGAAGCAAAAAUUAAAAGAAAAGAAAGAAAAAAGAAACUACUUUGUUAUUACAGUGUUUUGA